AUGAGAUACUGUAUAUGUUUCGAGAAAUUGCUACAUGGCGACAAGCUACCUGUCCUCGGCUUCGGCGUCUGGGACAGUCCCAAGGAUCUCACGACCAAAUCAUGCCUCGAGGCGUUCAAAGUCGGGUACAGACAUAUCGAUACCGCCCAAGGAUAUAGCAACGAGAAAGAAGUCGGCCAAGCACUUAAGCAAUCCGGCCUCGACCGAAAAGACGUCUGGAUCACCUCCAAGAUCUGGGAGGCCGGAGCAGAUGUCGACGCAACAUACGAAAAAUGCCUAGGUAGCGUCAAAGACAUCGCAGGAGACGACGGCUACCUCGACCUGAUGCUCAUCCACAACGCAGCCGUUGGAGCCGAGCCAAGGAAAAAGAUGUGGCUAGCGAUGGAGAGACUGCACGCCGAAGGCAAAUUCAAGAACAUCGGCGUGAGCAACUACGGCAUCGGACAUAUCGAGGACAUGAAGAAGUACGCCAAAGUAUGGCCACCGGCUGUGAACCAGCUCGAACUGCAUCCUUGGCUCCAACAAAGAGAAGUAGUGGAGUACUGCAAGAAGAACGAUAUCGUGGUCGAAGCCUACUGUCCUCUCGUCCGGAAUCAGAAGAAGGACGAUGCGACUUUGAACGAGGUGGCAAAGAAGCAUGGCAAGACGACUGCGCAGGUGUUGGUGCGGUAUUGUAUUGAGAAGGGCUGGUCGCCGUUACCGAAGAGUGAUAAUCCGGGACGAAUAGCGCAGAAUGCGGAUGUUUUUGGGUUUGAGCUGGGGAAGGGUGAUCUGGAAAAGUUGGAUGCGUUGCCGCAGGAGACGCCGUUGGUGUUGGCUGUGGAUAACGAGUCGGUUCCUUAG